AUGAAAUUCAGCAAGAAAUUACAUGAGCGUGCUCAUCCAAAGUAUAGAGAGCAUUACAUUGCUUAUAAGGAUUUAAAAAAAUUUAUUAAAUUAAUAACAGGGAAGGACACGUCGACAUUUACUAUCAAAGAAGUGACAAGCAACCUUGGAAAUAAUCGAGCUUUAAAUUGCAGAGAAUAUAGAACCCCUGAAUCCAGAUUUGAAGAUAUCUUAAAUAUAGAAUUAGAAAAAAUAAAUAAUUUUACUUUAUAUAUUAUAAAAGCAUGGUAUAAAGAUAUUGAAUUGUAUUAUAAUAAAUUAAAAGAGAAUCUUAUAGAUGAUAUAAAAGAUGUUGAAAAUAAAUUACAUGCAUUAGGAAAUAUAUUAAUAUUUCUAGAAGAUUAUAAACAUAUUAAUUUUAUUGGGUUUCAUAAAAUAACAAAAAAAUUUGAUAAACAUAAUGAUAAUGUAUUAAACUCAUCAUUUUAUAUAAGUGUAGUUAUAAAAAGUUUCUUUAUGAGUUUUGAUAUAAAUGUAUUGAUAUAUAUUUUGUCUGUCUGUUAUAAAUAUUUAAGGUUACUUAAAGGUGGAAUUAAGAGGGGCACACAAAAAAAAGAAAUAGAAAAAAUAGAAAAGAUAGAAAAAAUUGAAGAUGAAAAAAGAGAGAAUAAUAAAAUUAAUUACAACAAUCACAACAAUGAUCACAAUAUAAAACAAAGUGAUGACCAUAUGAAUGAUGAUCAUAUGAAUGAUGAUCAUAUGAAUGAUGAUCAUAUGAAUGAAGACCAUAUGAAUGAUGAUCAUAUAAAUGAUAACCAUAUAAGUGAUAACCAUAUAAAUGAUAACCAUAUAAAUGAUAACCAUAUAAGUGGUGAUAAUAUUUCAUAUAAUUUAAUUACAAAUGCAUGCCAUGAAAAAAAAAAUGGUAUAGGAAUAAAACAUGUUAAAUAUAUUGUGAAGGCACAAAAAUUAAUAUUAAUAAAAGUAGAAAUAGCUAGACGUUUUAUAUUUAAAUAUUAUAAUAUAGAAGAAGAUGAAUGUAUAGGAAAUAUAAAAAAAUUCUUAGAUAUUAUAUCUAAAAACAAAAUUCAUAAUUAUUUAUUAACAAUAUAUUUUGAUGAUAAACAUUUUAGUACCUAUCAUAAAAAUGUAAAUACAAACCUUUCUAAUAUAGAUGAUGAAUAUAUUAGAAUUAGAUCCUAUAAUUAUAUAAGUAAUAAUAAAAUACAUAAUGAACAUACAUCAUUACAAUAUUUUAAUUUAUAUGAACCUAGUCAUCAUCAUAAAGAAAAAUAUUUAUUAUUCAAAGAUAUUGCAACCUCAAAUUUUUUAAAUAUAAAAAAAGUAGAUGACCUUGAAAUACUGCUCAAAGAAGAAACAUAUAAUCAUAUAUAUAAUAAUAAAGACCAUUUAAAUAAAACAUAUGAAAAGGAAAAUAUAUCCUCAACAGAAACAUUUCAAAAUAACAAGAUAGAUAUAAAUAAACAGUAUUUUUUGAAUAACACACAAUUCUUUUUAAAUUUUAUGGAACACAUGAAAAAUAAAAAAUUGACAAGUUGUAUGAGAAGCAAAGUAAAUAGAUUAUAUUUUAGUGAUGAUAAAACGUGGGGGUAUAUUGAUGAGAAUAUAUCUUACUGGGCUCACAACGAUAAAAAAAAUAUGCAUACGUUUGAAGAUGAAGAUGAAGAUGUAGAUGUAGAUGAAGAUGUAGAUGUAUAUGAAGAUGAAGAUGUAGAUGAAGAUGUAGAUGAAAGUGUAGAUGAAUAUCAAAAUGUAGAUCAAAAUGUAGAUGUAGAUCAAAAUGUAGAUAUAAAUCAAAAUGUAGAUGUAAAUCAAAAUGUAGAUGUAGAUGAAAGUGUAGAUGUAGAUGAAAGUGUAGAUUCUCAUGAACAAUAUUAUAACCAUUUGUAUGAUAAAGCAAGUAGUAAAAAUCCCCAUUUAAAAAAAAUUCUUAAUAAAGACAAGAAUUUUAAAUUUCUUAAAAAAGGAAGGAAUAAAAAAUAUGCAUAUUUUAAUUAUGCUGUUAUAGAUAUCAGUAUAAAAGAGGAACAAAAAAAUAAUGAUUUCCUUACAAAAUUAAAUAAUCGUGGACUAUUAAAAGAAAUAUGGGGAUAUUCAUCUUUUCUUCAAGGUAUAUCCUUAUUAUAUUCAAAUCGUUUAUCCACCUAUCCUCACUGGAAAAUAUAUACAAGUACUGAUCAUAUGAAACUGAAUAAAAGUACGAAAAAAUUUAAAGGAGGAAAAAACAAAAAAGAAACAAAAAAUAAAAAUGAUAAUAUAAAUGGUAAUAUAAAUGGUAAUAUGAAUGAUAAUAUAAAUGGUAAUAUAAAUGAUAGUAUAAAUGAUAGUAUAAAUGAUAAUAUGAAUGAUAAUAAAAAUGAUAAUAUAAUAUAUAAUUUUUUUAACCAUUUAAAGCAUGAUCAAAGUAAUAGCGAUGUUGUACUUACAAGUCCAUAUAUUUCAAAUCAAUCAAAUAAAAAAAAAAAAAAAAAAAAAAAUUAUAAUACAAAAGAUGAUUUUAAAAAAAGUAUUACUUAUACAGGUGCUUCUGCUAGAAUAGCACAUGAAAGUGAAUUAAUAUUUAGAAAUGAAAUUGAAAAAAAAAAUAAAAAAAAAAAUAAAAAUUUAAACAUUAAUUCUAAUUUUAAUUUAAUUCAUCCAUUAUCUAAUGAAAUAUAUAGUACCAAUAAUAAUAAUAAUAAUAAUAAUAAUUUUAGUAUUAAAAAAAUCAAUAAAUAUUCUAACAAUUUGAAAGAUUUAUCUAUAAAAAAUACAUCCCUUAUUUAUGAUAAUAAUUUAUAUGAACCUCUUCUUCAACAAACAAAUAAUACAUAUGAAAAUACAUUACAAUCAUUAAUACGUAAAAUUAUAUCUCCUAUUAAAAAUUUAUUUUGCUCAACACCUAAUACACAACAUAAUUCAAAACCCAAAAAUUCUGUUGUGCGUGUCGAACCAAAAACAUUUUUUGCUAAUGAACGAACAUUAUUACAAUGGCUUAAUACUAGUGUAUUAUUAUCUACAAUAUCUAUAACCCUUCUCAAUUUUUCUAAUUCAUAUGGAUUUUUUUCUGGAGUUAUUAUGGCACCUGUCUCUAUAUUUUUUAUCUUAUAUUCUUUUUAUAUUUAUCUAAAAAGAUCAGAUGCGUUGGUAAAUAAAGAACCAAUUAAUUAUACUGAUAAGCUAGGUCCCUUAAUUUUGGUUCUCACCUUAACAUUUUCUUUAUCAACAGUUGUUGUAUUAAAUAUUUAUGGCAGAUGGAAAACAGAAAUAUGGUCUUAA